AUGAAGAACUUUCCUCCAGAAUUGGUGAUCAAGAUCUUUGAGAUAGUCGACAAGAGAACCCUUUUUGAGAUCAUUAGAGCCACUAAUGACAAAUUGUUAGUUAAAUGUGCCAAACAGGUGGCGUUGUACCAUUUGAAGAUCGUUCCCAACAGUGAAUCCAACGAGCAAGAUGAAGCCAGUCUCGACCAAAUCGGUAAACAUCCAAUAUGCUUAACCAUCAACAACUUGACGAGAGGUCAAGAUACCAAUUUCCAAAAAAAUGAGUUCGAGCACUACCGGAAGCUAGAAAUAAAAAGUGGUAAUUAUUCCAAGAAAGAGAUCCAUACUAUCUCGGCGUUCUCCAGCUCCAUGACAAAGUUGGUGUAUUUGAAAGUUGCAUGUCCUUUGAUUGGGAAGCUUGAAACCAAGAAUCUUAAGACGCUUGAAGUUGAUUUAUCUUGGUUUGACGACAUUAGCAAAUCAUUUGAAUUGCCUAAUCUUCAAAAUUUAAACAUCAGUGGUGCAAAAGCGCCAAAUUACUUUCAGCCUGUCAAGUACCAGUUGCCUAAUCUACAAACUUUUUGUUCUGAAAAUAGUAUGAGAAGAUUUAAUGGCGAAGAUUGGAACUCCCCAAAAUUGGAAACAGUGCUUAUCUACAGAGAGGAAGAUUUUGAAAUCGAAAAUUUGACCAUUUCCAAUUUCCCUUUGUUACAAAGUUUUUCCAUCACUCCGUUGGUUAUUGAAGAUGAGAUUAUGAAGCUCAUUAAACCAAAAGAUGAGAUAAUUCUGAGGAUUGCCCCAAAAAUUAAGGUCAAAGACAAAAUAGAUGUCGAUUUGACAGAGAUUUUGGUGUGUGGAACUUUGUCGAGUCCUUAUUGGGCUGAAAUGAAAUUCAUGAGAUCCCUUACUUUGAAGCAUUAUGGGUUCAAGAGCGUUCCAGUAUUGAAUGAUUUCAUGUACCUUGAGCGCCUUGAUUUGGGUUGGAAUGAAAUAUCUAAAAUCGAAAAUGUGAAUUGUCAUAAGAAGUUGAAAUACUUUGCGUUGGAUCAUAACCAAAUUACCAAAAUGGAACAACUUGAUGGGUUAGAAAAUUUGGAGGAAUUGAAUUUGGCAGAAAACAACAUUACUAAAGUUGAAAAUUUGGAAAGUCUCAAGAGUCUUAAACUGCUCAAUCUAAAAAAGAAUGAAAUAGAUGAGAUCAUUUCAGAUUUCAAGCAGCAAGCUAAUCUUAUUUCAUUGGACUUGGAAGACAACAAAAUUUCGAACUUAAAGAAUUUUCAAAACUUAGUUUCUUUAAAAAGCCUUAAUAUGAAAAGUAAUGGCUUGACACUGUUGAGAUUUGGGAGCUUUCAGCUCAAGCACUUGGAAAAUUUAGAAUUCAUUGAUUUCUUUUUAAAUAAAAUAACCUCCCUUGAACCAAUCAAUAAGAUGAAAAAUCUCAAGUAUAUUGAAAUCGGUAAAAAUAAACUUCCACAGAUUGGUGAUUUGCUUUGGCCAAAAAUCGUCAAAUUUAACUUGCACUUUAAUGAAGUCACCGAUUUUGAAAGUCUCAAGAGAUUGAAAAAUUUGCAAGAGUUGGACUUGGCAGAAACCCCGGUUAUGGGUGUUUCUUCUAUGCUCGGGGUUAUUGAUGCACUUCAAAAUUUGACUACUCUAAGAUUGGGACUUCGCGGGUUGUUCAAAGCAAAAUAUGGUACUGCAAAAUGUGAUUAUUUUAACAAUCCCGAGUUAAUAAUGCCGUUAAUCGAGAGGGACAGGCAUCUAGUUUCUGCUCUAAAAGCUCGUCGUCCUUCUUUGUAUAUUCAAACUUUGAUGCUUGGUUGA